UCAGAGACGUCAACCCUCCCUUCUAGAGUCUGUUGUGGGACUUUUCUCCAACACAUCCUACCCUCUGAGCAGAGGGCAGACCUCCUGGGUCACUCUUGGAGACCUGGCAUGGGACCUUCAGAGCACUUAUAACCUACCCCCUACCUGGCACCCAGGGCAGCAGCUGUGUCGGCACCACUGGCAAACUUGACCAGUCUCCCAGCAAGCCUUCCUCCCUGCGUCAGUGGCUGUCCAGGGUAGUUGUCCCUCCAAAGGCGAGCUCUGAGCCGAGGGCAAUGACUGGGUUUGAAACUUGGCUGUGCACUAUGGGUGAGGGCUGAGACCUGACCUGAUUCAUUGCUAUAGGGAUCUCUUUUCCACCCCACAGCAGAUUCAGCUCCUUUAAACCUGUGGAUCGGAGCCCCAUGGUGAAGACCCACUAAUUCUAAGGGUUCUUAAAGCUUUGUACACCAAGGAUUAAGUUCUCAGUGCCCAACCCAAGUUCAAAGGCUGAUGGGAGAGAAAAACCCAUGAAUUGGUUUGCUUGAGGGAAAUUUGCUCAGUGGAUGGGAUCUUGGCUCACAGGAAAAGAUGUUAGACCCUCUCUGGCUUUUUUUCAGCCUUCUGGCUGUGACUGCAGCUCAAAACUCCAUUGAAGAAGAUGCUAAAACAUUUCUGGAUGACUAUAACGCCAAGGCAGAAGAGUUAUCUCAUCAAAGUGCACUUGCUUCUUGGGAAUAUAACACUAAUAUUACAAACGAGAAUGUCGAAAAGAUGAAUGAAGCCGCUGCCAGGUGGUCUUCGUUUUAUGAAAACCAGUCCAGCAUUUCCAGAACAUAUCCACUCAAUGAAAUUACAAACGCUACAGUCAAGCUUCAGCUUAAGUCUCUCCAGAAGAAAGAAGGGGCAGUGUUGUCCACUGAGCAGAGUGUUCGGCUGAACACCAUCUUGAAUACCAUGAGCACUCUCUACAGUACCGGGUCCGUCUGUAACUCUGAGACUCCCCAGCAAUGUUUCUUGCUUGAACCAGGAUUGGACAAAAUCAUGGAUGAAAGCACAGAUUAUGAUGAAAGGCUGUGGGCCUGGGAAGGCUGGAGAUCUAAAGUUGGCAAAGAAAUGAGGCCAUUAUAUGAAGAAUAUGUGGAACUAAAAAAUGAGCUUGCUAAAGGAAAUAACUAUGAAGACUAUGGGGAUUAUUGGAGAGGAGAUUAUGAAGUUGAAGAACCAAGUGAAUAUGUCUACAGCCGUCCUCAGCUGAAAAAGGAUGUGGAAAAUACCUUUAAGCAGAUAAAAUCACUGUAUGAACAUCUGCAUGCCUAUGUGAGGAGAAAGAUGAGGAACACCUAUGGCUCCCUAAUCAGCGAAACUGGGGGCCUUCCUGCUCAUUUGCUUGGUGACAUGUGGGGCAGAUUUUGGACAAAUCUAUAUUCGUUGACAAUGCCUUAUAGAGAAAAACCUAACAUUGAUGUGACUUCGGCCAUGAAGGAACAGAAUUGGAGCGCAAGAAGGAUAUUUCAGGAAGCUGAGAUGUUCUUUGCAUCUGUUGGUCUCCCUAACAUGACAGAGGGUUUCUGGAAAAACUCAAUGCUCACGGAACCUAAUGAUGGCAGAAAAGUGGUUUGCCACCCUACAGCCUGGGAUUUGGGAAAAAAUGAUUUCAGGAUUAAGAUGUGCACAAAAGUGACGAUGGAUGACUUUCUAACUGCCCAUCACGAGAUGGGUCACAUCCAGUAUGACAUGGCAUAUGCUAAACAACCUUUUACAUUGAGAAAUGGGGCUAAUGAAGGGUUCCAUGAGGCAGUUGGAGAAAUUAUGUCCCUCUCAGCAGCCACACCGAAACAUUUACAAGCCCUUGGUCUCCUACCACCAACUUUUCAAGAAGAUAAUGAAACAGAAAUAAAUUUCCUGUUCAAGCAAGCCCUCACCAUUAUUGGAACAAUGCCCUUCACUUACAUGCUCGAGAAUUGGCGAUGGAUGGUAUUUGAGGGGAAAAUUCCCAAAGAGGAGUGGAUGAAAAAGUGGUGGGAGAUGAAGCGUGAAAUAGUUGGUGUGGUGGAGCCCCUGCCCCAUGAUGAAACCUACUGUGACCCUGCUGCAUUGUUUCAUGUGGCUAAUGAUUACUCCUUUAUCAGAUAUUAUACAAGAACUAUCUAUCAAUUCCAGUUCCAUAAAGCCCUCUGUAAAAUUGCCCAGCCCUCAGCUGCUCUCCAUAAAUGUGACAUCACAAAUUCCACCGAAGCCGGGACAAAGUUGCAGAACAUGCUGAAGAUGGGGAAAUCAGAACCUUGGACGAAAGCAUUAGAGAGUAUUGUAGGAAAUAAAAUGAUGGAUGCAGGACCUUUGCUUGAAUACUUUGAACCCUUAUUUACAUGGCUGAAAGAACAAAACAAGGAUGCAUAUGUGGGCUGGAAUACUGAUUGGAGUCCUUAUAAUGCAUACAAAAUCAAAGUGAGGAUAAGUCUGAAAACUCUUGGAGAAAAUGCAUAUACCUGGAAUGAAAAUGAAAUGUAUUUGUUCCAGUCAUCAAUUGUUUUUGCCAUGAGACAGUAUUUUUUAAUAAAGAAAAAGCAAAGCAUCCCUUUUAGCAAUGAGAAUGUAAAAAUGUUUGAUUUGAAACCCAGAAUCUCCUUCUACUUCUUCGUCACUUUCCCUCCUAAUGGGACCUCCUUCGUUCCUCGAGAAGAAGUAGAAGCAGCAAUCAGUAUGUCUAGGGACCGCAUCAAUGAUGCCUUCCGCCUGAAUGACAACAGUUUGGAGUUUGUGGGCAUCUCUCCCACGUUAGCCCCUCCAUAUGAGCCACCUGUUACUGUAUGGAUGAUAGUAUUUGGAGUCGUCAUGGGAAUUGUGGUGAUUGGAAUUGUUUACCUAAUCUAUACUGGAGUCAGAGACCGAAAGAAGAGAGCCAAAACAAGCAGUAGCAAUGAUGAGAACCCCUAUGUUGAUGUGGAUGUUGCUGGGGGACAACAUAAUCCAGCUUUCCAGAGCAGUGAGGAUGCUCAAACAUCAUUUUAGAAACUUUUUAUUUUCUUAUUCAUUCCAUUUCCUGUAAAUAUUAACAUCGUGUAGUGAACAUGGGUGAGGAGGCUCCUGUAAAUGCCCUUGAACACCCCAAAUGCAACUCUGAUCAGGAAUUGCUUCUACUCCAACAAAACAUUACAGGACCAAAUCUACUGUGUUUCUAUUAUUUACGGCUUUCUGAGAGCAACACACCAUUUCCAUUUCUCCAAGAGAAAAGAAGUACAAUGACUUCUUUGGGGCAAUGAGGCUGUUCAAGAGGAGGAAGAAAACCUGAGUGUAUCAAGUUACUGUAUUGCUUGAGGUGGGAAAAGAGAUCUUGGAAAUGAGAAGCAAAUGCUGAUCUUUGGUUGUGAGACUGAUCGAUUGCUUGUAAUGACGGUGACCUCAGCAGGCCACUGGUCCACUAACUAAUGGAAGUCAAGGAACAAAGAACAACUUGAGUUACAUGCUAUAUUCUCUUUAGUCCCUUCUAAAAAUUAUAGCAGCUUGCCCAAAAGGGCAUCAAGUCUUGCGUACAACAUGAGAAGGGUAGAGGUGAGAAGGUUUGAAGAAAUCAGAAUUGGAGUUAAUAGGAUGAGAGGGAGCAUGAGGUUCAAGUUCUGACUUUGUUCUUUUCUUCUUGUAUGACUUCAUUUUACUGUUUUUUAUCACUGAAAUGAGGAGAUUGGACUAGAUAAUUUCUAAUGUUCUUUCUUGACUGAAAUCCUAAAAGUUUCCUAUCCUGAAACUUCCAGGUUUCUCAGUGAUAAAUUGAUAUCAUGAUAGGAAUUCUCAAAGUUUUCAUGAACCUUCUCUGUGAGUCCACCAUGCUGAAUUGAUCGAGUCCCCUUCAUUCUCUAAUCGUACCAAUUUAGUCUCUUCAAAUGGGUCAUAAGCCUCUUGAGGACAAAACCAAUGUUUCUGUCCCCUCUCCCCUGCCUUCUUAAGCAGAAUAUCCAGCUCAAGAAUGAGCAUACUUUGACUGGACACACUCCCUUAACCUUCUCUCUGACAAGUAUGGGAAUCGCAAAGUUCCCAUUCCCAAGGACCAAGCCAUAAACCAACUGAUGAAGUUUCCUGGGGAGAAAGUAGACUUCCCAUGGAAAAUGAGCUGUACAAUUCUGUUGUUGAAUAAUAAUAAUAAAAACAAUUACUAAAAUGAAGAGAAAAAUGACUUGUUUUCAAUCAGGUGUUUCUAUAAGUGUUCCCACAAUCAGUGGUGAAAAUGAAUCUCACAAAUCAAA